AUGGAGGAUUACAUUCACCAUUCCAUGCCACCAAUAAUUGCUGAGCAGGCAGCUUUGCGUCAAAUUGAAUCUAUAAUUAAUCAGAAUGAGGAAGAUGUUCAGGUUUUAAUUGAAGCAAAUAGGGUUAGACCAUUUUUAAAUGAUAAUCAGCGUCAAAUUGCUGAUGCUAUCCUUUCUGCUCUUAGUGAGCAACCUAACAAUGAAAACAAGCAGUCUAGAUUGUUUUUUAUGGAUGGCCCUGCAGGUUGUGGUAAAACAUUUACAUACAAUUAUUUAAUCGCUGAAACCAGCAGUAGACAUAUUAUAACUGCAACAGCUGCAUGGACAGGAAUAGCUGCAACUCUUUUAAAAAAAGGAUGUACAAUUCAUGGUUUGUUCAAACUUCCUGUGCCGAUUUUGGAAAAUAGCACAUGCAAUGUAACUCCAAAUUCUAUAAACGGAAAAUUCUUAAGGCAAGUUAGCCUUUAUUUACUAGAUGAGGCAUCCAUGAUACCUAAACAUGCUUUAAAUGCCAUUGAUAAGUUACUUCAAGACGUUUGCAAUAACAAGUUUCCUUUCGGUGGUAAAGUUAUUCUUAUGGGUGGGGAUUUUAGGCAAAUACUUCCGGUUGUAAAGAAAGGGCAACCAGCUGAUAUUGUUGAAGCCUGUAUAAAAUGUUCUCAACAUUGGCAAUAUGUUCAGCGAUUUUCAUUAACAGAAAAUAUGAGGGUUCAGGCCGAAGAAGAGGAAUUCUCUCAAUGGCUUUUAAAACUUGGUAGUGGAACAUUACCUUUAAAAGCAGAUGGUUCCUUUCGCGGGUGCAUUGAGAUUCCUGAGCAAUGCUUGCUUGGAGAAAAUGAAUCUUUAGUAGACAAGAUAGCUGCUGCUUCUUCUGUUACAACUGCUGCUUCUUCUGUUACAAGCUCGAAGUCAUGGGAAGAUUUCCGAAAGUAUCGCUCCCAGCAUCCAGGCCCUCUAUCUAUGAGGGCCUUCCAUCGCUGGUGUUUGUAUGGGGACGACCAUCCCUCCUUUAGAUUGAGGGAUGGCACCCCAUACAACACGGGGAAUAGAGCGGAUGCUGGGAGGAGAAGACAACGUGGCUCAAAAGUUGUCAAUAAUUUUUUUACAUUUUAAAAUGUAAAGAAAUUGACAACUUUUGAGCCACUUCAUUUUUUUUUUGUAAUAUAUUUUUGUAAAUUU